AAAGUUGCCGCGCGCGAUGAGCGAUGAAGCGAUGGCAUACAUGGUGAUGCCACAUGAGGCGGAGUACAUGGUCGAGAACGUAACGCCACUGCCGUUGGAAGCGAUGGGGUCUGCGGACUUUAUCCGUCUGCACAGUGACGUCGAGAAGCUCAACUUGCAGGCCCACCAAAGCGCGAAGCAAAAGGCCGACAACUUUGUCAUCGAGUCUAUUCUAACGUUCAAGAAGCUGCCAGUGCUCGUCCACAACAUGCUCGUGAACGAACUGUGGAAAGAGCAUGUGUUCCCCACCUUGGACGACGUGUCCGACGCGGCAUCCAUGCGCACGUACUUUGUGCUGUACCACGAAGCCGUGCUAUGCAACCUGCUCGAAGUCGCAUUCUACCACGAGCACGUCAUCGAGAGCCUGGACGACGAAACGUUGAUAGAAGUAUUGGACUACUGCAUGCGCAAAAUCACGUGGCUGAUUCGAACGCCGCGCGAGGUCAUUCGCACCAAGACCACGUUUCACAAGUCGGGGCACGACAUUGUCCGCGAACUCGACGCUGCUUCCCGCAAGGACGAGCUGCACCGACAGUGGUUGGAGAUGGAGUUCCGCUUGUCGGUGCAAUGCGUCGCAAUUCUCCGGUACAUGUGCGAGCGCGUGCACGUGCUGUCGCUCAACGUGUUGACCCGACUGCUGGACAAACACGAUGCGCUCUUGUCGUUCGUGGCGCUGAUCGAGAACCCGCCGUGGACGUACAAAACCCCCGACUCGAACCAGUGGAAAAAGUUUCAAGACCAAAAGUGGGCCGUCGUCGACCCGUGCGACUUGCUUCAAAUCACCACGACCGAAGCGCAGCCGUGGAUCGGAGUCUACUUUCUCGUGUGCUCCAAGGUCGCGCGGGACCAGUACCAGCUCACGUCGUUCCGGAAGAACCAAGUGCUGCGCAUUCGAAAGUACCUGAACGACGUCAUGCUCGACCAACUGCCACUCCUCGCCGACGUCCAGCGGUUUUUGGACGAGCUAGCGAUUGUGCAACUCAACCCGAACGCUGUGUCCAGCGCCGCCAAGCUCGUGAUGGAGGUCGUGCCCGUCAUCCGCACCGCCCUCCUUCGCGAGUACCGCACUCGCUACGCACAGCUUGGUCUUGCGUACCAAGCCGCGUGUGCCCAGAUCAAUCGGAAGCACGACAUGCAGGUGCUCGCCGACGUGUACAACAUGCAAGGCAUCGACGAUUUGCUGGAUGGUGGCGGCAGUCUGUCGGUGGACGCCGUGCUCGAACCGAGCAAUCAAGACGUGGACAAGGAAUACGUCGCCCAGGAAGCGCGGCGCCCAGUGUCGGUGGACGUCGUCAUCUCGUCCGGCUCGCAAAAGAUCGUCGACACAAACAACCACGCCGUGUGCUGUUUGACGUAUGAAGUCGACAUGACGUCGGAAAAGGCCAUCGAGACCACAGACGGCACGUACGCCCGGUACUCGUUGCGCGCCGUGUCAAGCAAAGGGGGAGUGCCCGACGACGCCAUCGUGGCGGUAUCGAACCAUGCUCGCAUUCAUGCCACGAUUGGUUUCGCCGACGACGCCAUGCCCCCGAUUCAAUUGCAAAACCCCGACGUCAACUUGCCGAUGGCCAACGACGCAACCGCCAAGCCCGUGUGGCGCCAAGUAGGGAUUCUCGACCAAGGCAACGGAGUCGUUCAAAUCCAGUUCAAAAUCGACCCUGCCACGGACGCCCAUGUCAUGGGCUCGCUCUUCCUCUCGCUUCCACGGAUGCAAGCCGCGGCGUGACGAUCCAAGGCGGCGAACUCGAUUGCGUCUUCACAUUGCGUAGAGUUGGCAGGACUAGUUGAAGUCGAACGUGACUGAGACUGCAUAUCGCAUGCGCAUCUGCCAUAGCCACAUCAACAAAUGCAUGCGCCCAUCGAGUCUCUCAACA